GUAACACUGGAGAGCAGCAGUGGUCCAGCCCCUCAGAAUCUGAAAAGCAUCACAGGAGCCUCUGGAUAAAGAGCAGCUUCAGGAGCAAGGCAAGGAGACAGAGGAUUUCUGCUCAGUGAUAAAACAUGAAACAGAUGUGAGGAAGCGGUAUGGAGCUCAAGAGAGGAAAGACCUUCAUAAAAUCCAGCAUGCAACAUGAGAAAGUGCCACCAGUGCAUGCAGCUCCUACCAACAAAGAUGAGAUGGGCAAAGACAAAAAGGCAGCUCUGGAGGGAAACCAAAGUGUGGCCGAAGUCCAGCUGGCAUGUUUGGCCACACACAAGAACUACAGAUUUUCUACCAGAGCAGCAAGGAGUGGAGCUGGUGGACACAAUCUGGAAAAAUCAUCUGGCUCCUCCUACAAGCUUGUAAGGAAGAGUAAAACCCAUGACUGCGUUGCUGAGGCAGACAAAACAGAGAACUGCAGCCCCAGCAGCAGGGCUUGCGAGGAGGGUUUUGUUGGAAAGAGCAAGGGCCGGCUUGUCAAUAGCAUCAGCUUUUCAGGGAUGUCCAGCUCCAGCAGUAAGAAGGAGUGUGUGGUCAGCCCCAGCCAGUCUGCAUGCAGCAGUCAGAUGAUUGAUUACAGGAACUUUGUGCCACAGAUGCCUUUUGUACCAGCUGUCGCAAAAACCAUUCCCAGGAAGAGGAUUUCCCUCAAGAGAUCUAAGAAGGGGCUCAGAGAUAUAUUUCAUAUAAGAAGAAAUAAACCAGACAGCCUCUCAUUUCUGGUGGAGAAGGACAAGAAUCUGUCCUCUCCAGGCUGCAAGAGUGAGUUGUCUGGACGUCUUGCAAAGUAUCUUUUCAAAACUGGAGAAACUUGUGCAGCUGAUUGCUUGUCACAGGACUGCUCAGACAGUGAACUGCAGUCUGACUCCUCCUAUGACUACUGUAAUGCCCUGUGUGAAGAUGUUGCCUCCCUGAAGAGCUUUGACUCCCUCACUGGCUGUGGGGAAAUCUUUGCUGAUGAGAGCUCUGCUCACCUGGAGGUGGAGAACAGCAAAGAACUUUUGUUAAGGCGAAGCAAGCACAAAGACAGCCCUGGCAUGGGCUCCUUCCAAGGUGGGGUGGAGCAGCUGGCCUCUCCUGGCCAGAAUGAGACAGUGGAAUUUGCCAAGUUUUGGGACAACAUCAACAAAUCAGUAAGGCUGCAUCAGAGUGCUCUGUUUGAAAAGAAGUUACUGAAGACACCUGGUUCUGACACAGAAAAGGACAGAAGUCAGGCUGCUGUACUGGUCACAGACCCCCAAGUGUCACCUGAUAAAGAAGGUUACAAUUCCAAAGCCAGCUCCACAGAAACAGAAACACCGAAAAGUGAAAACCAAGAAUCCACAUCCACAAGUGAUGAAGGCUACUAUGAUUCCUUCUCUCCUGGACAAGAUGAUGAACUGAAGGAAGCUCAGACCCCUGGUGUCCCAGGUAGAUUUCCAAGAGACAGCUACAGUGGAGAUGCCCUUUAUGAGCUCUUCUAUGACCCAAAUGAAGUCAAAGUAAACCCUAUCCUUGAUGAUGACUUGUGUGCCUCUGAAAGCGUUUCAGAGCAAGCCAUUGAAAUACCUUUGUCCAUUUACAGCUUUCAUGUUGGAGCUGAGGAGAACAUGGCUUCCCAACCAACUCUAGACAUCAUUAGCCAGGGUUUUUUCCACAGCACGUGGAAAGGCAAAGAAUGUUUGCUAAAGCUCUGUGAUACUGAGCUUUCACUGACCAUGGGGAUAAUAAACUGGCUACGAAAACACUCGGGACUCAUCUCCUCCACUGACUCUCUUCAGAGUCCUCAAUCACAGCCAGAAAAAUCUAGUGAUUCAUUGGUCCUGCCUAGUCACAGUCCAGAGCAGAAACGGAGCACAGAAGCUCAGCAGGAGACACCAGGCAAGGGUGAAUCUAAUACAUUUAACCUAUGUGUGCCUUUGGAGGAAAGCAAACACGCAGCCCAGGCCUCUUCAGUAAAUAUUGCUGGAAGAGACCACAGCCUGGACUCCUGCCUGAACACAUCUGAUCUGGAUUUCCAAGGAAGAGAAGGGAGUCACCAUAAAGACUUACCUACAGUGCCUGGGACUGUGGAAACCACCAGAUCAUCAAGUUAUGCACCAAAAUCACAGGCUAACAGAGACAAUCUGGAGAUAGCUUCAACUGAGAAUGAGAAGGUACCAAUUUUCCAGGGAUGUGAGACAUCCAGAGAUAAAAACUUACUGCCAGAAAAGCUGAACAGAGAGAGUGGCUCCCAGAGGUCUGAAAAUCCUUCAUUAGAUGAUAAUCAUGAAGUAGAAUCAUGUUACUCCUACAAGACUGCUGCGACCUCACUCCGAGAUCCCCUUGAGAGGGAAGACAGAAAUAAACCAAUGUAUCACUCCCUCUCUAUUUCCUGUGACAAACCACUGCAGCCUCUAACCCUCAGUCACUUCCAGAGCUACAUGAGCCCCACACCAACAGAGAGCAGCACUAACAUAGUGCAGCUCUUAGAGCACUGUGUAACACAGGUGGCAUCAUUAAAAAUCAGCUAUGAAAACAAGCACCUGGAAGACAAAUACAUUGGGAAUGAAAUGAAUAACAUCAUUCAUAAGAUGUCUCAGUACAAAAACAAAUUAUUGUUGCACAAUGAAUGCAGCUGCCUUGCUCAAAUUCCAGAAUAUCCCAGUAUUCCUCGUACAAACCAAUACAACUAUGACACAAGUUUCCAAUCUAGCAGUCUUUAUCAUUUGAAGCAAAAUGGGGAGCAAAUUUGCUCUGAAGAUCCGAAAAGUAGAGCAAAAAUCCUAGAUGAGGUUACUCAAAGCAAGAUCAAUUUUGAAUAUGCCCAGCUGAAUAAUCAAGCACUCUCCUAUUUAAAGGACUUUGGUCUCAGUCCAAGUGACUCUGGCCCUGAGACAUCUCUUAGUAGACCAACAUUUUUACCUCUCUUUAACUCUGUCUGCCCAGACAUAGCUGGUACCUUCUCACAGGGCUCACACAGCACAGCUGUCUGUCUGUCUGACCCACUGCAGCCUGAGGAGGCCAAGCAGUGCAGCCCAGAGUCCUGGAACUGUGCAGAGAGCCCCUGCCAUGGCCUGGCUGCAGGGACUGCUCUGUCCCCUCUCCUAGAGGCAGUGGCCCGGGAUACAGCUGUGACAGCCAGGAAUCACCAGUGACACACCUGCAUGGAGAAGAUGGCCUACAGGUUUGCCGGAAAUGUUAAAUCUUUGUGAAGAUGACUCAGGAGCUUUGCCUCAGUCAUGGGGGUGGUAGAGCAGGAGAGGCAGUGUACAAACACGGUGUUACCUCUGAAUCCAUGGAGACAGACAGCCCUGAGAAACACUCCUACGCUGGACAUGACUGUGCAAACUGCGAGAGCUCAGACACAAAGACUGCUCUAAAAUGCCACACCUAGGAGCUGGGAGACAAGUGACAGAUCCAGAGGUGGCUCCUGCUUUGUCCCUCAGAACAAAUGCAGCCCCUGAUCCUGCCAUGGACUCCCAGGUCUGACCUGAAGGAGGUGGGAAGAAGGUCCCCUUUCUUGCCAUUUGUCGCAGGGCAGAGGAAAAGCCCUUAUCAAAGGCCAUUAAAAUCUCCGGGUUUUGUCAGCCCAUCUCAACAUCUCCCAGGACCUACAGCAACAAACAAGCCAAAUCUCUCUGCUCCAAAAGGUGUUCAGGAUUCCCCUGGGCCAUGCCUGGUCUCUUGGAUUUUGCUACCCUGACAAGCACAGACACAGGACUGUGAUGAAGAAUGGUACAAGAAAAGUCAGUCACAGUUCCUCCUCCAUUUCCCCCUUCCCCGGCCUUUUAGAGAAAAAUCUGCAAAUGCCUUGCAUCUGAGCUCACCAGGAACUCCAGGCUUCUACACAUGGGAAUAUGGAAGGCUUAUGUAGAAAGAGAGAAUUACAGAUAAAUAAUGCAAUGAAAAGUAUAAUUUUCAUUCUUCAUUAUCUAAAGAUUAGGACUUAAAAGUGAACACAGUCCAACCCUUGAAUACAGAGAGGAUUCCUAGAUCUGUACAUUCAUGGAUCGUAGAAAACAAGCUGCAGAAAUUUGUGAUUUUCAACCACAUGUUUUUCAUCAGGAAACUUCAUUUUCAGAAAGGAAGCAUAGUCCUCAAGCAGUGCAUUGGGAGGUCUUUUCCUGACUCUUAAAACCCCUGGAACUGACCAAACAGACAACACUGGAUGUCAUAGUAAUUGGACACAUGUAGAACAAAACGCUCUCUGCAAACAGCAGCAUUUCAGAGCCAUUUCUACCACUUAAUGGGGUUUGAGCUGCAUCUUCCAUUAACUGGUAGAUGUGACAGAGCAACAAAACCUCUUGUGCCCCCAACAAUAUGUACUCACUUCAUUCAAAUGCUGAACUGCCACAUUAUGCACCAGUUGAAGAUUUUGGAUGUGUUUCAGUGAUAGCCCUGAAAGGAGUGCAUUACAAUAAGCUUGCCCUCAGGUCAGAAAAAAAUACAUAACUGUCAAUCAAACAGGGAUUGCUGUAAUAGAUGGGGCAGAUGUAGAUAAAAUAAGACAGUAUUGCCAAUGUGAUUGCUUUUAUCAAGGAACUGAGAUUCAGAAGCAGAUAAAAUACAACCUAGGCACUGCAAAGUGACAGAGGAAUGUGUAUCUCAUCAACUGAAGGGCUACUUAUGGUCUAGGCAAUUCCUGUAAUGCUUUUUAUUCCUUCCUGGUUCGGCUUCACUCCCUCUCUCUUAAAUAAGGUUGUAUUUCUCUCAGGAAGAUAAUUCCUCUAUCUGAUAGGCAUGGAAAAGGCAGACGGCAAUAUUUGGAUUUGGUAAAAAGGAAAAGCAGAAUGAAGUCUCAUCUGUGUGUAGGCAGUUUUCUGCUCAAGUAGGGUAUUAUUUCUCAAAAUGGUCAGAGAGAUACCUUAACAGGUGAAAAAAAUAAAGGCAGAACCUCUGUGCACACAGCAGGAAAAGUGUAUGGUAGCUUUUGAAGUCUGGUCUAAGAAAUCCUCCUAUUUCCAUGCUCCCUCCAUGGCAUAGUAAAGAGAUGGUCUCUCAAGCUGCACAUGAUGAAAUGUAACAAGAAUACAGCACAGAGACAGCCAGCCAGCACAUUUUCUGCACUGGAAAUGCCUCUGGCUCUGAAAUACACACCUGUAUAAAGUCAGUUACCCAGAGCACGUUGCAGUGGAUAUUGAAAUCUCAUCUGACAGCCCACCAGCCACGCACACACACACUCCCGAUCAGACAAAUGCAUCACAAGGUACAAACGUACUGUUUGUCACACGUGGUACCACAGAAGCAAAGAGCAGGGAGACAGAGGUGACAGGUUACUGCCUCUGCUAAUACAUUUGAAUCUUAGUCCCCAUGUGCCCAGAUACUUGGGCUAAAUGCUAAAUUAAACAAUUUUCUCCUUCAUUAAAUGCUGUUGCUUCUGGACUUGGCUCUGUCUCACUGCACUGUCUUCAUGGUACUUUGUCAUCAAUGCUCAUUCUACCCAAAAUUAGAAUUCUGUCAGGGGGAAGAAAUGUUCUUGCCAGUGUACUUGCUAGAGAAGGGUUUUUCCACAGUUAUCAGCACGGAUAAUCUCUUAAAUGCCAGAUGCACUAUAAUGUGUUUCAUUUUAAAACUGAAGAAAUUGAUUUGCUGCUUUACCCGCUAUUGCAGCAGGAUGGUUUCCAUGGAUACAGCCUUAUAGGACUCUAUCUUCUCCCUGUUGACAACAGUACAGAAAGCUAAUUCUCAUCUUCACUGCACCAGCAUGAAUUUGAAGCUAGGGCAAUGAUUCCCAGAUUUAACCCUGAGAGCAGAAGUUGGCUCCCAGUCUCCUUUAACCUUGAAUUUGAGAUUUCCAAGGGGAUAGCAAUGGAGGGAAAAAAGAAAAAGAACAGCAGCAUGGUCUGAGAGACAGGACAUAUGAAACACACAAUGUCUCUGUAUGAGAAAUGGGGAGAAGUCAAGGCACAAUGCAAACACACUAACUGCUCAUUCAGAGGCUUAGUGUCUUGUCUGACAUUGAAGUGCAAAAAUAUAAGUCAGAUUUGGGCUACAGGAGUUUGGCUAUAGAAUUAUGGAAUACUGCCCUUUUUGUUUAAAUGAAUCAAUUGCUACCAUUCUGAGGAAAACCUGCUUCACUUCAGGUCAGGAAGGCAUGAGUGGAAAGAAAGGGAAAGUGAGAGCCUUGUAUCCAGAGCAGGCUGCUUCUUUCACACAGGAGAGAAUCUGGCCCCCUCUGGAAUACAGUCAUGGAGAAACACAAUGCAAAGGAGAUCCUCACCUUGAGAAUGGGCUGUAGGAGUCUGAUGGCAUUUAUACUCACAAGCCAGCCAGUAAAAAAAGAGUAGGAUGAAGAGCCUGGAAACCUCAGCUUUUUGGCUCUCAAGUGUAAAAUAUUUCGCUCCAUUUCCUCCAUCAGAAAAUUCAGAGGGGCAGAAACAGAGGCCUCCAGAAAACUCUGCAUUCUACCUCUGCCAAUGGGUUGCAGAAUGUGUUUGGAAAAGGAGUGUCAGAAACAGGGCAAAUGGAGAAUUUAGAAACCUGAAAUAAUCAAUCUCCUAUCUUCUGGCAACCAGCACUGUCUGGGCUAGACCUUGGCUCCUUCUGGGUGUCUGGGUUUAAUGCUCCCUUCCCCAAAUGCCCUUAAGCAUAGCAAUUUCAAAGCCUUCUAAUUUCUGUUAUGAACCUUUCAUAGAUUAAUGUCUUUAAGGCACCUCUUGCAAUCUUGUGUCUUUUGUGCCAUUCUUAUCAAUUUUGCUUUGCGAAACUUAAAAAAUAUUCCUUUUGAAUUUUCUCCUUUUCUGACACCUAUUUGUUUCUAAAUCAGGCGCUGUCCCUUUUGUGGUCUAGCAACACUGGGGAGAUUACAGACUUUUUGUGAUUCAGGGCAGAGGCCAUGCCUCAGUACUUAAGUCUGGGGUCUCUGUGAAUGUAGACACAGUUCAGAGAGAAGGAAAUCACAGAAUUCCCCAGCAUCAAUAGGUUUUCCGUAUUUUUCUAAAAAAAAACCCCCAAAAACCAAAAAAACCCCACCAAACAAACUCAACCCAAAAAUAACAACAAGAAAACCCAAAACCUCAAACCCAAACAGAUAAUUUUAAAUCUGACUAAAUUAAGAGCAAAAAAAUUGAUCAUCCAGUGAAAAGCAUAAAAGACCAUUGUCAUGAGCACUGGAGCACUGGAGCCUGCACUGUUUUAAAGAAAUGCCCAAAAUGAACACAGUUCUCCAUCAGAUCUUGUGGAAGGCUCUCCUGUUUUAAGCAAACUCUCCUACUUCAGUCAGUUCUUCCAGGAAUACUGGACUGUAUACAUCUGGUGUGGCAAGUUUCUUCUGUCACUCAAAUCAUGGGGAUUGCAUCUCUUUUACAUUUGAAGGUGAGGAAGAUAUUAACAGUUUUUGGACAGAAUAGAGCUCAGGAGAAAGACACACAAAGAAGUGCUGUAUAUUGGGGUUUUCCUGUGGACUAAGGCAAUAUUCUGAGCUUCUCUCUAUAUGCAUGUGGCAGAACUGCUCAGGGAAAGCUUAAAAGAUCUUGUGGCACUUAAUAAUAGUGUCAGUCAGGGGUGACAACUGCACAAAUGACACCAAGAUGCUAGAGCCAGCAAUUUCUCUCUUCCCACAAUCAGCUAUCCUCCUCCUUGGGGUGAUUAUAUUGUCCAAGGGGAAACUGUCAGUCUGCAGGUCAAGAUACAGGAAAGACUACUGGAGAACCAUAAAAAGGAAGGUCCUCUUUGUCCUAUGGAGAACACGGAAGGGGUUUUUCUCCAUCUCCUCUUCACUAGUCUUCUCCAACUGCGAUACUUUCCUUUCCAAAUCGAUUUCUUUCCUUCCGUGACAACUUCAAUCCAUUUCCUAUCCUUCCAUGACAACUUUCCAUUUACUUUGCUCUAGACAGGCUCAACUCUUCCCUAUCACAUGCUUUCAAUUCCUUCUGCCCCCUCUUGGAGAUUGAACCUACUUCAAAACUCUUUCUUUUCCCAUAUGUUUGUGAAGCUGACACUUCCUGGCAGCUCAUUACCCCUACCAGACAAUUCUCCCACCUUGAAGAGCCUGGAAACCCCUCUUCAGGAAAAUCCUGCAAAGGCCAGCCAAGCUCUGCUUAACCCCCCAGAACUUGGGUUCUGGGCUUUGCUCACACUGCACAGGUGCAGUCACUGAAGGAUGUGGGAGGAUCACAACCUAUGACCAGGCAGGAUUAAGGAAUUUUCACACCCUCCAACCCCUUUGUUAUGUUUCUCCACCUCACAGCCACCAGAGGGGAAAAAAUCAAGUCAAGGUGGCUUUGGGUCUGUGAUACACAGCCAGGGAGCUGCAGAGAAAUCAAUGGCAGGAGAAAUUUUAUCUGACUUCAGUCAGAGGGAGAGGGACCCUGACUUGCAGUAGGAGACAUGAGGCACAAGACUGCAUCAGAAAUUUUCACAGCUCCAGCUUUUCAAAGAGAUUCUAUCCUCUGCUUUUAGCUGCACUUUUAGGAAAAAUCUGAUUGGGUGUUAGCCUUAAUUAACCCUAGUGCAGUUGCAUUUCUGAAAUAAGGGAAGGUUGUAUUUUACUCGAGCAUCAAAUGGGGCUUCUUAGCAGCAGAAAAAAACACUGAGGAAAAGGAGCAGCUCUCCCAUCUGUGUACUUUAAAUAGAGGAUGCUGCAAUUUAUGGCUCUUGGAGAAAUAAAAGCUCCAUUUCCUUCCUUAGCCAUUCUGCCUUCUCUUGAACAUACAGACAAGUAGGGUUUCACUCUGAAAAAGCACUAAAUAGACUGUUGCUAUAGCAACCAACUCCCUGAAACCCAUUUAUAAUUAAGAUAGGGGUCUAACCACCCAAAAAAUACAUCCUGCAAAACCCCAAGGUUUGUUGCUUCCCAAAUAACCAACGGUGUGUUUUUACAGUGAGUCCAUCUGAUCAGGGCAAGGUUGGUUAGGUGGGAUUGCAAGAGUGAUUAUUUCUUUGGAAGUGGUUUGCUACUGAGAUAGCAAAAGGAUGCCAGGAAACAGCAUGGUUGCAAUGCAAGGCGCUUUUUUUGGCUAGAUUUCUUAAAGCUUCAAUCAAUAAUAAGAUAGUACUUGAAUCAUCUCAGCUCUCAAAAGUACUCUCAACUAUAAUCUGUAAAGUUUUGAAUAAUACUUACAAAUUUAAAAAUGCCCUCAGCUUUUUUUUUUCCAAAAUUCAAAAGCUGUUUUACAUUAAAAUCAUGCACUAUAACUAAUUAAUAAUUUUUCUGCUAGAAAAAGGAAUAUCAGUUUUCCCAUUAGUGUUUAUUAAAGGUGAUGAGAGUUAAACUGUAUGAUUGAAUGCAAUCCUUGAAACAUAAAUUAAGAAUGGAUGAGGUUAUUUUAAAAAUAACAUUUGUUGCUGAGGGUUGUAUAAUGUGAAUGAUAGAAACAUGAAAGUUUUAUGAGAUUUUAUAGAUAUAAAUAUAUGAACAGACAAUUAAAAGGAAGAUUUCUCUCUGUUGCUCCAUUGACCUCUGAACUUCACCUUUUUUAUUGUUAAAGAUAAAUAAACUGUACUCACCAGUCUCUCUAGGAACUGUAAUGCCCUUGACCCACAGUGAUUCAAUGAAAUAGCCCUCCACCCAUGCAAACAUAAAAUGCUGGGGCAGCUUACUGUUUCUAAAGAAAGACUAGUGUAUCUUGCAUGUUGCAAACUUACUCAAUUAAAGGGCCAUUAGGUAUUAAAUAUUAAAAAAUAAUCCAACUACAAAGCAGGCUUUGAAAAGAAGUCCAGAGCCCAGGCAACUUUCAUUUAACUGAAAUGAAAUGAAAUAAAGUCUAAAUAUUGAAUGUUGAUACUUUACUCCCAUUUUCCUACUUUUUGUUUGUUUUCUUGAAAAACUGUCUUUCUCUCUCUCUGUUUCCUCAAUUAUUUAAUCAGCCAUGGAUUAAAAUUUUAUAGUCCAGUACUAGCUUCAGAACCAUGAACUGGCAAACCACGGCUCUGCAGUGUACUUUCAAAAAUUCUGGAUUUCAUGGUCAGAAAAGAAAGGUUCCACUUCUCUAAUCCCCUUCCAAUAAAAGAUUCUGCUUUCUAGCUGGAUUCUACCCCUUAUCAGUCACCACUGUCUGCCACACCACCAUUCCCAUCCUGCUGCUCCUCUUUGUGCCUUAACUGUGUUUUAGGGAAGCUGUAUUUUUGUAAGGCCAAAUCCUGUAUCUCAUUUUUAGUGUAACAACCAGUAAACACAAUUAGCAAUUUUUAUUGGUUGAAACUGAUAGGAUAUUGCUCUCAAUUCCUGUGCGAUUUUGUCAGAAAUCAAUUUCACUUAUUGCCAUCACAUACAUGCUCAUGUGAGCCCCAUUGUGUUCUAUUUCCCAGAUCAGCAGGGUGGCAUUCUUCCCUGCACUGAAAUGUGACCUGUGUCAGGAGGUGUGCUGUCUCCCUUGAUUUGAUAAAGAGAAAAUGAAAAAAUCUGUAACUGCAUUAACUAUUAUUGGAUACUACUAUUGCCUUAAUCCUGAGUAGCAAAGUGACCUCAGAUGUGUUUUGGAUUCUCUACAGACAGACAAUUGAACUCCCAAGUUCUCCACACCGGCAAAACACCAAACAACCCCCAAAAAAUAACAAACAAACAAACCCUACAACCCUAAAAACAACGCACAUCCCAGUUUCUCCAUUUCUUUAUCUAAUGCUAUACCUUACAGUCUAUCAAAAGGAAUGGAAAAUGAGGCAACUCGAAUGAAUGUACAUAAAUCAUCUGGCUGCACAUAGACUAUAAUUACAAUUUUUCAUCUAGGAAACACAAAAAUCUUUAUGCUGAAAGUCAAUAGCGAAUAAUAAAUCAUUUCAUUUACCCAUUUGAUACAUUUCAUGCCUUGGAGAUAAAUACUUGUAAGGUAUAACCAGACUCCUGUGGAAUUGCACUGUAAAAGUAGCUACUUUUA